UACUCACACAAACACAUAUACAUACAACAUAUACAUACAACUUACUAUUUCAACUUCACCAGCUGAAAUUACUCAAUUCUAAACUCAACCCACAUCUUAAAAUCCUUUCAAUUCCAAUACCAAAAAUUAAUUUUAAAAAUCUGGUAACAACAAUAAUAUGGGAAAUAAAUUCAGCUGUAAAACAAAAAAUAAUAUUGGGUCAAAAAGUAGUAGAAGAUUUGGGGGUGGAAAUAAGAAAAAGAUACAAACAGAUGAAGAAAUAUUACAUAUGCAAGCUUUAUCGUUAGCUAUUCAGCAUCAUCAACAAUCUCAAAGAUUUGAAAAUGGUGGCUCAAUGUCUCGCCGGAUUGGAUCCACUAGUUCCCGGCGCCGGAAUAACCCAGUUUCCGAUCAACCGUUGACUAAUAAUCCUAAACAGCAAAAACAGUCACUGGAAUUCUUGGAAAAUUUGGAAACCAAGAAGGUUGUAUUGAUACAUGGAGAAGGAUUCGGAGCAUGGUGUUGGUACAAAACUAUUGCUUUGUUAGAGGAGUCGGGAAUGGUUCCAACUGCCUUAGAUCUUACUGGAUCUGGUAUUGAUUUGAAGGACACCAACCACAUCACCACAUUGGAAGACUAUUCGAAGCCACUGACCGAUUACUUGCAAAACCUACCAGAAGAUGAAAAGGUAAUCUUGGUUGGACACAGUAUCGGAGGGGCUUGCGUUUCGUAUGCAUUGGAGCAUUUUCAACAAAAGAUUUCCAAAGCAGUCUUUUUAUGUGGUACAAUGGUAGCUGAUGGGCAGAAGGCCUUUGACGUUUUUGCUGAACAGCUUGGAUCUUCAGAACUCUUUAUGAAGGAAUCUAAGUUUCUAAUACACGGAAAUGGGAAAGACAAUCCUGCAACUGGAUUUAUGUUCGAGAAGCAACAGAUGCGUGGAUUAUAUUUUAAUCAGUCUCCAGCAAAGGAUAUUGCUCUAGCUAUGGUGUCUGUGAGACCCAUCCCACUUGGACCAAUAAUGCAGAACCUCUCACUAUCCAAAGAAAAAUAUGGAACAUGCCGCAGGUUCUACAUUCAAACACUUGAAGAUCACGCCCUUUCUCCAGACAUUCAAGAAAAACUUGUGAGAGAUAACCCACCCGAAGGCGUUUUCAAGAUUAAAGGUAGUGACCAUUGCCCGUUCUUCUCUAAGCCACAGUCAUUACACAAAAUUUUGCUAGAGAUCGCACAAAUCGCAUAGCAAGACGGGAUUCCUUUGAGUUGAUAUAUUAAGGUUCUGUAAUGUUAGAAAUCACGAUAUUUUGUUUUGUUUUAUAUAUAUAUAUUUAGUUAUAUCUAUGUCAUUAUCACAAAAUGUUUAGAGAGUACAUGUUAAUUUGUCAAUAGUUUUUCUGGUUAUAAACAAACAUUGGUAUAGCAUCCGUUUCAUUGCCCGAGUGUAUGAGAUUAUAAAUGAUAUACAUCUUACAUUCCCUAA